AUGGGGGACUCCAGCGAAUCUGUUUCCGUCGAUGUGGAGUUCAUUUCUCUUCCCGGAAAGGAGCAUAUUGUUAAGACAAGCCACGGUUAUGUCUCUGUUACUGUUUUUGGAGACCUGGAUAAGCCAGCUUUAAUCACUUAUCCUGAUCUAGCUUUAAAUUAUAUGUCUUGUUUCCAAGGACUGUUUUUAUGUCCAGAAGCAUUUUCUCUGCUUAUCCACAACUUCUGUAUUUACCAUCUCAGCCCUCCCGGACACGAGUUAGAAGCUGCUGUAAUCAGCCCAGAUGAACCUGUUUUAUCCGUUGAUGAUUUAACAGACCAGAUUGCUGAGAUUCUCGACUAUUUUGGACUUGGUGCCGUGAUGUGCAUGGGGGUAACAGCCGGAGCUUAUAUUCUUACCCUGUUUGCUAUAAAAUAUACUCGACGUGUUAUGGGUUUGAUUCUUGUUUCCCCUCUAUGCAAAGCACCGUCUUGGACAGAAUGGUUAUGCAAUAAGGUGAUGUCAAAUUUACUGUAUAUUUGUGGCAUGUGCGGUUUGGUGAAGGAGCUUUUGCUGAUGCGAUACUUUAGCAAGGAAGUUCGUGGCAGCACAGAUGUACCAGAUUCGGAUGUUGUUCAAGCGUGCAGAAGAUUGUUGGGAGAAAGACAAAGCCCAAAUGUGCUGCGGUUUGUUGAAGCGAUUAAUAGGAGACCGGACAUUAGUGAGGGCUUGAGGAGACUACAGUGUCGAUCAUUGAUAUUUGUUGGAGAAAACUCUCCUUUCCACUUUGAGGCUCUCCAUAUGACUUCAAAGCUAGAUAGAAGACUCAGUGCCUUAGUCGAGGUUCAAUCAUGCGGGUCAGUGGUCACAGAAGAACAACCAGACGCCAUGUUAAUACCAUUGGAAUAUUUCCUCGUGGGUUAUGGUUUCUACAAGCCAUCUCAAUACAGUGUCAGCCCGAGAAGCCCCUUGAGUCCAACUAGCAUCUCACCCGAGCUUUUCUCACCAGAAAGCAUGGGGUUGAAGUUAAAACCAAUCAAAACUAGAAUUCCUGCAUAA